AGUCUUUCUGUAACCACCGUACCGAAUAGACGUCGCAACGUCUCUCUAAUCUUGACGCAUUUUUCGUCGUGCGAUUCUUUUCUCCCUCUGCCCCAGAAGAGGAAACCCCCGGAGGAGGACAAAAACGUCCGCCCCACCAUCUGACUCUUUUGGGAAAAUAAAUAAAUAAAUCAAUCAGGACAUAAUUGAGGCAUUUUCGCCUCAUUCUUUUCACGUCAACCACCAAAUGGGUAUAAUGGAUGAAAUAAGUUAAAUGGUUUAACAAAACGUGUGAACCAAUCUAGUGGAAUCCCCAUAAAUUAGUGUCACAUGUAUUUGAAAAUUCAUCAGCUUUGUGUGAAAUUGUCAGUGAAAAUUGCCUGACAUGGUGAUGGGGAACAAUCAAUGUAAUGUUCUAGUAGGAAUACUACAUCCCACACAGUCACUGCGAAGCAACCACCCACACCCACAUUACAACCCACAAAUCCCCAAAAGUAGAGUUUAUUGAAAAAAAAAAAGGGUGAGAGCGCGUGUGGAGGUGAUUUAAUAUUUUUGCCUGAUAAAAUGGAUAUUGGCACAGACAAUGGAACACUUCAUGGGCAGUUGCUUAACUUAUAUACAACAACAAUUUCACCGGAUGGCUACAUUUCCACAACAACCCAAUUGAGCCCAACGAAUGAAUCAUAUGUGAAUAGUUCCGCCGCUAUUGGGGCAUCAUCCACCCUACUCAAUAUUGCCGAAGAAGUUGGGGAUUUUCUCAUAACAUACUACACCCCCGUGCUUGUAUUCACAGGUAGCAUUGGGAAUAUGCUAUCAGUUUUGGUGUUUUGCAAAACAAAAUUACGAAAGUUAUCCUCAAGCUACUACUUGGCAGCCCUAGGUGUGAGUGAUACGUGCUUCCUCGUUGGCCUCUUCAUCUCAUGGCUCAACUUUGUGGAUGUUAACUUAACGAAUCGCAACAUUUUCUGCCAAUCCUUCACAUAUCUCAGUGGUUUAUGCAGUUUCCUCUCUGUAUGGUUCGUUGUGGCAUUCACAGUGGAGCGCUUUAUAGCGGUGCUAUACCCACUAAAAAGACAAACAAUGUGUACGGUGAAGAGGGCAAAAAUCGUUCUUUGUGGUCUUACUGUCUUAGGUGGUGUUCACAGCGCCCCAUUCAUUAUGUUUGCCAGCCCACAAUUUUCCGAACGACUCAACACCACAAUCUGUGAUGUACGAGAGGAAUAUAAAGGCCACAUGACGAUAUUCAACUAUAUCGACACCAUUAUAGUGUUCGUAGUUCCUUUUACUGCUAUUGUGAUAUUAAAUUCUAUUACGGGGUUUACGGUGUGGAAAGUAGCUGGAGUACGUAGAAGUAUGACAAUUCAAAAGAGACAGGGAAGUAGUGCACUACAUGAAUUUCGUAAAGCCCACCCCAAUCAUCAGCUCUGUACACAUCCAAAUGGGCACAAUAACGUCAACCUUUCACUUCAUCAGCAGAGAUCAACUAAACAACGAGUAGCAAAUUCAUCGCAAAUUAAAGUUACAAAGAUGCUCCUCAUGGUAUCAACUGUAUUCGUUAUUCUCAACUUACCGAGUUAUGUUAUGAGGGUUCGAGCUUACAUUGAGACAUCACCAUCAAAGACAACAAUUGUUAUUCAAUACUACUGCUGGUUAUUCUUCAUAACAAACUUUGGAAUUAAUUUUGCUCUCUACUGCGUCAGUGGGCAGAAUUUCAGAAAAGCUCUCGUGGGGAUGUUCCGGAGGGUAUCUCAUCAUCGACAAGACGGGAACACACAGGUAACAGUUUCAGAAUACGUUAGAAGUACCGGCUCAACUAUAUCAAGAAGGAGAAUCAUUGCAAGAAAUGGAUCAUUCAGUGAUGCCCAUGAACUCCACUUACUCACAACGAAUAUCAAAUAGAAAACAUUGUCGAAUAAGAAUCAAAGUUACAACGUAGAGGGAGAAAAAAUACUUGUGUGCGAAAGAGGAUUAGCAAAAAUUCAAUGGCUGUGCUUGGUUUCUGUAAUGUAUUCUCACCCCCGCCCGCCCUCACAACAACUCCCAUUGCCCACCCACCCCCAUUUUCCUCAAGUCCAAUGAUAAGGCAUUAGUUGUUCACCUUUAAAUACCCCCACAAACCCAUGUAAUUAUUAUUAUAUUUUAUUACAGUAUAUGUAAUGAACUUUUAUGUACAUAAAUAGUUUUAUGGAGAUAUAUUGUAAGAAAUACAGAGAGAGAGAGAGAAGAAAUUCCAUCAAAUAGCAAA